AUGGCUGGACCCUGGAACCCUGCGCUUGUCGCCACCUGUCUGCUGCUCGCUUCCAUCUCUCUCCCUCCCUCUCUGUCGCCAUCUCCCAUCCGUCUCUCUCGCCCAAUUUCAUCAACGUUGCUCGUUUCAUCCAUCACCACCAUCUUGACUCGCGGCCUAUACGUGCUGCCCGUUAUGGCCAAGAAGAGGCACGGCGCCUGAGGCAAUCAUCCGGCCGGGCCUAGGCUACAAGCGGGCGGGGGAGCGUUGCAACCUUGGCUUACCUUGCCUUGCCUUACUUACCUUGCACAACGACGACACGCACCGUCCCGACGCGCUGGAGCCGGCCUGCCUGCCUGCCAGCCUUAUUUGAGCCCCCCUGUUGGUCUCGCUCCCUCGCCCGCUUGCAAGCAGCCAGAGCCAGCCCGGCAAGCUCGCCAGUCAAUCAAUCACUCACUCACUCCCUCAAUCAGCCAACCCGUCUCAGCAGUCAGGUCGGCUGUCAGCCAGCCAGCACGUUUUGAAACGGUUAAGCCAGGCUUCCGAUCGCCCAGCAGCCCGCCACCGCCCACUCCAGGCCAUGGCCCCGGUUUGCGCUACUCACGCACCCAGCCGCUGUCAUUCACCCUCCUCUGCUUAGACGUAUACACGCCUACAUAUCUACCAUG